CUGGAUCUUGCCUAGUUUGUCAGCGUUCCACCAGCUUUGCCGCCAUGCAUAAGAUUGGUCACGGUGGUACUCACUUGACCAGUUGGGCACAAGAGCUUCACAAUGUCACCUUGGAUGGACAGGUGGACAGUCUUAGCUUUUCACCAGACCACACUUGCUUGGCAGCAGCUGGAGGCGGCUCCAUCUACUUCUUCUCAUCGCAGUUGGAGCAGCAAAAGGUCAUCCCGGACGCACAUGGCGGAGCGCCCGUGCGGUGCGUGGCCUUUGCCGGACGACAACUGCUGAGCGCAGGCGCUGAUGGCAAAGUUCUUGUUUGGGAAAUGAGUGGAGAACAGACAGCGGUCUUGGAACAUGACGUAGAUGUUCUGGCAGUUGCCGGAACCGCCAAUGGUCUGAUCGCAAGCUCAGCAGCCGAUGGCGCUGUGCGACUCUGGCGAAACGGUGCAGUGGAGCAAACACUUCUUGGACACGAAGCUCCUGUCCACGCCGUGAGCUUCUCUCGGGACGCUUCGAUGCUCGUCUCCGCCUCGGCGGAUCACACCGCACGCGUCUGGGCCACGGAACGCGGCGCUCCGCUGGCGCUGCUGCGAGGCCAUCGGGACGAGGUGCGCGCAGCGUGCUUCGGUGCCCGGCGCUCGGCAUCUUUGGUAGUCACCGGAUCCUUGGAUGGUACAGCUUUGAUUUGGCAGCUGCCAUCGCCCGGGGAUGCUCUUGAAGUAACUCCCCUCCACGCUUGCAAGGCCCACGCUGCUGGGAUCACCAGCCUGGCCAUUGGAGAGAAUGGCCAGACACUUUGCACUGCCUCCAUGGACAAGUCGGUGAAGCUUUGGACCAUGCACGACUUCCGCUUCGCGCGGACGCUGCCCGGCGGUGCGGCCGUCCACGCGGUGGUCAUCUCGUCGGCGGGCGCUGCGCGGGUCGCCGCGGCGUGCGGCGGUCGUGGUGGGCGUGGCACAUUGCGGGUCUUUGGGAUUGUCCCACGUAGACGAGAGAGUGGAAUGUUCACCUAAGAGGUGAAGGGAAUGGAGUGAAGUGGGGACGGCAACAGUUGAAGUUGGUGGCUUCAACUUCAAGAUGAGCUUCAUGAGUAAUCUAGAAGCAUUUUCCUGAGCACUCCACAUUGUGGAGUCAGGCAAGAGGGGACCUAGUGCUCUUUAGCUACCUCCAGUUUUUGGCAGAUGAAGAUGCUAAAGACCACAUCAGAAGCUGGAUGAGCCAGCCAUGGUUUAUUAUUACCCUGGAUGGGAAAAGCUGACGCUUUGGGAGCUUAAGAAGUUCCGUCACCUGCUGAGUUGCUGCUGGGUGCUUUGCGAAUCUCCCAGCUGAGUACGGUGCUUCGCUUCGGUUGAACCCUGCUGACGCUCCCAAAAGGCGGCGACACUCGAGCGACGCUCAUCCGCCGCGUCAGACAAAAAGAGGUCCGAAAUGUGCAUCAGCCAGUCUGUGCAAGUCGUAAAUGUGGUGGCACACUACGGCAGAAAGAUGCAGAAAAAAGCAGAGCAUGUUGAACAAAGCAACCGUUACACGUCCGGUCGAUGCGGACUCUAUAUAUGUUUGCAUCAAAACGUGUGUUACUGUUGAGGUGGCGC